AUGGCUCACCGGCCGAAAAGGACUUUCCGGCAACGCAGAGCGGAUUCUAGUGACAGCGACGGUUCCCAGGAGCCACCUGCCGAAGGCGGCGCCGCAGGGGAGCAGGCGUCCCCAAGCUUUGCGGAAGAGGAGUCACCCCUGGGAGGACGCUGCGCGACGGUGACAGAACGGCCACUUAGGGCCCGGGGCUCUCGGGGCCGCGGCCGGGUGUGGGCCAGUUCCCGGCGCAGCAAGGAAGCGGCUCCCCACGCGGACGCUGGCGGCCCAGAAUCCAGAAUGGUUGCUCUUUCAAAAACCAAAGAGGAUGGAGCUCAUCAUUCCUCAGAAAAUAAUGAACAUCAGAGUUCAUCUUCUGACAGUUCUCUCUCUCAGGAAGAAGAAUUUUCAUCAAUAGUAAAUAUACCUGAUGCAGCUUUUAUUCAGUCAGCCCGUAGAAAGCGUGAAUUGGCCAGGGCACAAAAAAACUACAUUUCUUUAGAGGUAAAACAUCUCUCUACCAUUUCUGGGAUGAAGAAAAACAGUGAUGAAGAUCCUGAGAAUGAGCCUGAUGACCAUGAAAAGAGAAUACCAUUUACCCCCAAACCGCAAACACUCAGACAAAGAAUGGCUGAAGAAACAACAACCAGAAAUGAAGAAACAAGUGAAGAAAGUCAAGAUGAAAAUCAAGAUAUUUGGGAACAGCAGCAAAUGAGAAAAGCAGUUAAAAUCACAGAAGGACGAGACAUAGAUCUUUCCUGUAGCAAUGAAUCUCAGAGAAUGAAGAAAUUUGAUACUUCCAUUUCAUUUCCACCAGUAAAUUUAGAAAUUAUAAAGAAGCAAUUAAAUACCAGAUUAACACUACUACAGGAUACUCAUCGCUCACACCUGAGGGAAUAUGAAAAGUACACAGAAGAUAUCAAAAGCCUAAAGAAUACCAUCCAUAACCUUGAGGAUUCAUCAAAUCAAGCUUUAAAUUUUAAAUUCUAUAAAAAUAUGAAAGUUUAUGUGGAAAAUUUAAUUGACUGCCUUAAUGAAAAGAUUAUCAGCAUCCAAGAAAUAGAAUCAUCCAUGCAGUCACUCCUUUUAAAACAAGCUAUGACAUUUAUGAAACGCAGACGAGAUGAAUUAAAACAUGAAUCAACGUAUUUACAACAAUUAUCACGCAAAGCUGAGACAUCAACAAAUGGAAGCUUGGCUACAGAUGAAGAAACUCAAUCGAUUAUAGAAGAGAUUGAAUCUCGAAGAGCACAAAGAAGACAAGCAAGAACACUUUCUGGAAAUUGUGGGCAUCAAGAAGGGAUGUCUAGUGAUGAUGAAUCAUCUUCAGCAGACUUGACUAACUUCCAGAAAAGCCAAGGUGAUAUUUUACAGAAUCAUAAGAAGAUAUUUGAAGAUGUGCAUGAUGAUUUUUGUAACAUCCAGAAUAUAUUGUUGAAAUUUCAGCAAUGGCGAGAAAAAUUUCCGGAUUCUUAUUAUGAAGCUUUCAUUAGUUUCUGUAUACCAAAGCUUUUAAAUCCCCUAAUUCGAGUUCAGCUAAUUGACUGGAAUCCUCUUAAGUCUGAUUCCAUAGGUUUAAAACAGAUGCCAUGGUUCACAUCUAUAGAAAAAUUUAUGGAGAAAAGUAUGGAAAAUUCAAAGAAGGAAGAUAAUUCUGAUAAGAAAAUCUUGUCUCUUGUUAUCAGCAAAACAGUUAUUCCUCGAUUUACAGACUUUGUGGAACUCAUUUGGGAUCCGUUGUCGACAUCACAAACAGAAAGUUUAAUAAUGCACUGCAGAAUGAUUCUUGAGGAGAAUUCUACAUGUCAAAAUGAAGUUAAUAAAAGCAAACAGGAUUUAUUUAAAUCCAUCAUAUCAAGAAUGAAGAAGGCAAUAGAAGAUGAUGUUUUUAUUCCUCUGUAUCCAAAGAGUACUAUAGAAGACAAAACAUCUCCACACUCAAAGUUCCAAGAAAGACAGUUCUGGUCAGGUUUAAAGCUCUUCCACAAUAUUCUUCUUUGGAAUGGACUCCUCCCAGAUGACACCUUGCAGGACCUUGGGCUAGAGAGGCUGCUGAAUCGUUACCUUAUUAUAGCUCUUCGUAAUGCCAUACCUGGACCAGAUGUUGUUAAAAAGUGCAGCCAAGUAGCAGCCUAUUUACCAGAAAAAUGGUUUAAAAAUUCUUCCAUGAAAACAUCUAUUCCCCAGCUAGAAAAUUUCAUCCAGUUUUUAUUGCAGUCUGCACAUACAUUAUCUAAAAGUGAACUCAGGGAUGAAGAUGAAGUCAAAGAGAUAAUUCUUAUUCUGGUAAAAUUAAAAGCUCUGAAUCAAGCAGAAUCCUUCAUUGAAGAACAUCACCUAGACCAUCUUAAGUCAGUAUUUAUAGACACUUAAAUAAGCUAUAGGAAAAACAAUAAAAUGAGAUUUUAAAUAGUCACACUUCAUUCCUUGCUUAAGGAGAAUUAAGAAUUUUGGCCUUUCACUCUACCAUCUGCUUCUACAGUGUUCAUAAGAAUUAAGCACACAGGUACAGUGAGAUUUAUGUAUUUCCUAUUUGUGCCUUUUGAUAAUUGUAAGAACUUUGUAUUUUAAGGAUAUUUUUCCUGUCCUCUAAUUUUUGUAUAUGUUAUUUGUGAGGCAAUUAAUACUCUUGCAACAGAUUUUCUCAUUGGUUAGUAGUCAGACAAAAAGUAGGAUUUUAAAUAUUCAGAUGAUUUAUUUUGUGAUAAAAUUUUUUAAGAGUUACACAUAGAGGAAAGAGGG